AUGGUGAUAAAAAAUAAUCAAGAUAAAAAAAGGAAUUUCAAAAUUUUGUUGGAGAGAAGAAUUAUACUAUCACAAGAAAGUGAAAAACAUAUAGAUAAAUCAAUAUACACAUUUUAUGGAAUAUGUUUAAUAAGUUUAUCUAUUUCUGCAUUUAUAUUUUCAUCUAUGUUUUUUUUUUUUAAAAUGCAUCCUUAUGCUAUAUAUUAUUUUAUUGUAAAUGUUGGCUCAAUUCCUAUUUACAUUCUAUAUCAAUACUUUAAAUGGAUUUCUUUAGAACUUUUUAAAUAUUCAUAA